ACUUACUCUGCCACUAUAAACUGACAUCAUUCCAUCUCCCACUCAGCCCAGAAAUUGCCUAUAUCUCUCUUUCACGGAACAGAGCUAGCGAUACAUCGGGUAUAUUCGCCAUGUCCGACUCAUCUGAAUCCAUCUCCCUGCAAGUAACAGUCCACCUCAAACCCGAGGACCUGCCGAAGUUCUGGGAGGCUUUCGAACCUACCUACAAGGCUGUCACUGCCGAGCCUGAAUGUACUUUCUUCGAACUAUAUCAGGCGCCGGAUUCCCCGGGGACUAUCUCUUGGGUAGAGAAUUGGUCCGCGUCAAAGGAAUGGCUUAUGGGAGUUCAAUUGGUGAAGCCGUAUUAUCUUGAUUACUUCGCUGCAACGGAGCCAUUGUUUAUCAAGCCUAGAGAGGCUAAGUUGUUGAAGAGAGUGGGGGCGCCAUUCACGAUGGUGAAGAAGACGAAUGGAGGGUUGGUGGAUUGAUUUUGAGGUUCAAGCUAGAUUCUAGAUAGCGCAGCAUGGGCUUCAAUUGACACUGAAGACAAC